CGAGUGUCUCUCGUGCUGCCAGGGACAGCAACGCAGUACGACGAAUAGCAAGGUGGAACGCAACUUGUGGGCAAAGGGUCGGCGCCAGAGCGACGUAGCCCCCGAGAGCGCUCUGCCCUCGGCCUCGUUAUCCGGCCGGCAGUCCGAUUGAGAGCUUCCCCGCCUUUGGCUCUCCGACGCAGCGACGAUUGGCGGCAAGCGCGGCUUGUCCACUAAUCGCUCACAUCUUCUCGAGCGCGACCAUGACGACAACGACGACCGGCGCCCUCACUCGCGAACAGCUGGAUCAAUUCCAUCGCGAUGGCUACCUCCUGCUGCCCGACUUCUUUGACCCUGCUGAGCCGCUUGCUCAGGCUCGCCACCUCGUCAAGAACUUCUCCCUUGAGGACCACCCGCUGACAAAGUUCACCAACGACCUCGACGAUGACCGUCAUGCGCGCUACUUUCUCGAGUCGGGCGACAAGGUGCGCUACUUCUUCGAGGAGGGAGCGCUAGGUGAGGAUGGUCAGCUCAACAGACCGAAAGAUCAGGCGGUCAACAAAGUCGGCCAUGCUCUUCACGCCCAUGACCCAGUCUUCCACCGCUUCUCCUUCUCUGAGAGACUGCAGAACCUUGCUCGCUCCCUCGACGCUCAUCGAGAUCCCCGCGUCCUGCAGUCGAUGGUCAUCUGCAAACCCCCAGCGAUAGGAGGCGCCGUACCUCAUCACAACGACUCGACCUUCCUCUACACUGACCCUCCGUCCGCCAUUGGCUUCUGGUUCGCCCUCGAGGACUGCACGCGUGACAAUGGCUGUCUGAGCUUUAUGCCUGGCUCUCACCGCUGGUCGAAGACACAUAGCGACGCAAAGAGCGCGAAAGCGUCACGACCGCUCGAGGCGGAGGGCGUCGCAAGGGAGCACGGCCAGCCUCGAGGGAUUGACCGCCGCUUUGUCAGGAGACAGCCAGAUGGAAAAGGUGGAACACACUUCGUUGAUGUCGACAAGGGCGAAGAGCUCGAGUGGUCAGACGAGGAGGCGCAGAUUGGCGAAUGCAAAGCAGGGACUCUCGUCCUUAUCCACGGCUCAGUGCUGCACCAGAGCAAGAUGAAUCUGAGCGACAAGAGUCGGUACAUCUACACUUUCCACAUGGUGGAAGGCGACGAGUCGAGGGCCAGGUACGACGAGCUCAAUUGGCUGCAGCCGACGGAGGCAAUGCCGUUCAGUCAGCUGUACAGUCCUCCUCCAGCGCCCUCGUCUGUACAGGCGUGAAGAUGAAAAGAAGCGAGCAGAAGUCGCGUUGUGUAAAGAUAGCCCCAUUCGCAGCAAUCUUUGUCUUGUGUCAUCUUCGUCUUGCAAGCCCGCGACCGUCGUCAUCGUUUGUCUCCUCUUCGCCCUUGCC